AGGCAGAGCGACCACGAGAGAAAGAAAUUUCUGAGUUCUAAUUAACAUUUUGAUCUAUUGAAAAAUGCCGAUCACCAGAAUUGCAGUUGGUUCACCCGGUGAGGCCAGCCAACCCGAUGCUCUCAAAGCCGCACUCGCCGAGUUCAUCUCCAUGGUCAUCUUUGUCUUCGCCGGCGAGGGUUCCGGCAUGGCUUACAAUAAGCUCACUAGUAACGGAUCCUCGACACCGGCUGGAGUCAUUCAGGCGGCUCUGGCUCAUGCCUUCGCUCUGUUUGUGGCGGUUUCCGUCGGUGCAAACAUCUCAGGGGGACAAGUCAACCCAGCUGUAACCUUUGGAGCCUUCAUUGGUGGAUAAAUAACAAUGUUAAGGGGAAUCCUGUACUGGAUUGCUCAGUUGCUCGGAUCCGUCGUUGCUUGCUUGCUUCUUAAAUACGCUACCGGUGGAUUGGUAAUGAUCCAAAAAACAAUAAAGCCUAAAACUAUUUAAGAAGCCUCAACGAAAGAAUCCUUAUUGUUGAGACUCGGGUAGAAUAUUGAACAAAGAGAGAGUGCCUAAGUUGUUAUAAGUUUUCACGUUGGAAUUGAGAUCUUCACGAGAGAUUUUUU